ACUAAGGUGGCUACCGCCAUGUUUCUGAAUGGAAUAUCUGUGGAGCAUUUAUUGCAUUUUUAAGACAUUAUAGUCAUUGUAGAAUUACUUACCUGUAACUGUCGGUUGUAAAGUGAACCGUAAUUUUCAGUGUUUAUGUAACGCGCGCAGAAGUGGAAUUUGUAGCAGACUACUCCUUCAACAUAACUACAGAACUGCGCAAUGCACCAUGGAGGAGGACCACCAAAUGUCCAGCGGCAACUACAGCGAUCGAAACCCACGGCCAGCUCAGAGGCUGAGGAACAGCAGCAACAGCCCCUUGCGGUUACCCAGCAACAGCAAGCCGCCGGCAACCACCCCCAGUCGCCGGUGACUUCGUUCACUUCCACGGCGGCGGCGAGUCCCUCAGCCCCGCAGUCUCCCAAUUACCAGAUCAUCAUGAGCCGCAGUCCGGUGACGGGCCAGAACAUGAACAUCACCCUGCAGAACGUGGGUCAGAUGAUGACGGCUGCGGGCAACCAGCAGAUCACCCUCACGCCCCUGCCCCUGCAGAACCCCGCGUCGCCGGGCUUCCAGCACCAGGCUCCGCAGUGGCGCUUCGAGGGCACCUCCUCCUACAUCCAGGUGACCUCGCCGCUGCCCCAGACCAUCCAGCCCCAGAGCCCCACGCAGCACAGCCCCGUGUCCCUGCAGGCCGUGCCCCGGCCUGGAGCCCCGGCGGCCACCGCCGCCACGCUGGGGGUGUGCGGGCAGAGCCCGACGCGGUUCGUGGACGCCGGCAUGCUGGUCCGCCAGAUCAGCCUCGGGAGCCCGAACGCGAGCGGGCACUUUGUCUACCAGGACGGCACCGUGCUGGCCACGCCCACCACGGCGGGCCAAGUCCAGCUGGCGUCGCCUGGCGCAGCCGGGACAGCACACGAGAGGAGGCUCUCCCAGCCCCAUUCUCAGACUGGAGGCACCAUCCACCACCUGGGGCCUCAGAGCCCCGUGACCCCCGGCUCUGCUCUCCAGACCUUGGGCAGCCCGGGUCACAUCACCACCUCCAACCUGCCCCCGCAAAUCAGCAGCAUCAUCCAGGGCCAGCUGGCGGCGCGCCCCAUGAUCUUCGAGAAGCCCGCUCAGGGCGUGGUGGCAGCUGGGGGUACCCCGUUCGGGGUGCCAGCCCCCAUGCCCCCCUCCAGCCCGUCUCGCUCCAACCCCUCGCAGGGUCUCCCCAGCAUGCCCCUCACGCCCACGGGAGCCAUGAAGAAGUCGGCGGCCAGGAAGCUGGAGGAGAUCGCGCCAGCCACCCCCGAGGUGGCCCAGCUGAGGAAACAGUGCGUGGAGCACCACGGCAAGAAGAUGGACGGCCUGAAGGAGGUCUUCAAGGAGUACCUGAUCGAGCUGUUCUUCCUCCAGCACCUGCAGGGCAACAUGAUGGACUACCUGGCCUUCAAGAAGAAGCCGUGUGUCCCCCUCUUCACUUACCUGAGACAGAACGACCUUGACCUAGAGGACGAGGAGGACGAGGAGGAGCAGUCUGAGGUUAUCAACGACGAGGUGAAGGUCGUGACCGGAAAGGACGGACAGACAGGGACUCCAGUUGCCAUAGCGAAGCAGCUCCCGCCCAACGUAUCGGCUGCCUUCUCUGCUCAACCACAGCAGUUCCAGGUACACCAGGGGAUGGCAGGAGGCGGCAUGUCCAACCCCAUCGACAUCGACGGCUUAAAAAGGCAACAGGCCAUGGGCCAAGCAGGCGGCAUGCCCCCUAACCCCCAGACGGUGCAGAUCGCCGGCCAGAAGCCCAACCAGCCGCAGUACGACCCGUCCAAGGGCCCUCCCGUGCAGAACGCCGCCAGCCUCCACACGCCGCCGCCCCAGCUGCCGGGCCGCCCCCCCCAGAUGGGCCUCCCCAUGGCGCUGGCCCUGUCUCAGCAGCAGCAGCAGCAGAUGGUCCUGGAGGCCCAGGCGCAGUCUGGCGCCGCCCUGCAGGGCCAGAUGAAGGUGCAGGGGCUGCAGGCGGCCGGGGCGGUGCUGGCGGCAGUGAACCCGCACACGCAGCUCCAGCAGCAGCUCCAGCAGCAGAUGCAGCAGCAGGGCCUGCACAUCCAGCUCCAGCAGCAGAUCCAGCAGCCGCAGGGCAUGCUGCAGCCUGGACAAGCGACGGUGACUCUUGUACGUCCAGUGACCGACCCAACGCAGGCUGGCGGCCAGCGUCUGAUGGCCAACUCCCUGCAGGGCUCCUCCCUCUCCCCCGCCCCCCUCUCCACGCCCGGCUCCCUGUCCUCCCCCCUCGCCUCCUCUGGGAUUCGCCCCGCCAACGCCCUGUCCAACCCCGGCCAAUCCAAGCUGGCCACUGCCAACGGGACGUCCGCGCUCAAGAUCUCCGCCGGGGCCCAGGGCUCCGCUGGCCAGUCGUCCCAGGAGAACUCCCAGGACAAACAAGCAGAGCAGGCCAAACUGGAGAGCCAGGUGCACCAGCGCAUCGCAGAGCUGCGUAAAGAGGGCCAGUGGUCGGCCAGCCGGCUGCCCAAGCUGCAGGAGGCGUCACGGCCCAAGUCCCACUGGGACUACCUGCUGGAGGAGAUGCAGUGGAUGGCCGCAGACUUUGCCCAAGAGAGGCGAUGGAAGAUGGCUGCCGCCAAGAAGCUGGUGCGCACGUGUGCCCGUUACCAUGACGAGCAACGGAAGACGGAGGAGCGAGUGAAGAGGGAGGAGGAGCUCCGACUUCGGCACAUCGCCGGCGCCAUCGCCCGGGAGGUGGAGUUCUUCUGGUCCAACAUCGAACAGGUGGUGGAGAUCAAACUGCGCUUUGAGAUCUAUGAGAAACAGCAAAAGGCCCUUCGGCUGCAGAAAAAGAGUAGCAAAGGACAAAGCGCGAAAGUGACACCUUCACCGAAAGAGGAUGAGGAGAAGAAGAAGGAGGCCCCAGCUGAGCAGCGAUCUUCAGGCCGAAAGAGAAAGACCAGCUCCUCCUUGACUGAUGAAGAAGUGGAAGAUGAAGAGAGCACCAUAGAGGAACAAGAGGCCAUGGAGGUGGAAGCUGACCAGAAGACCGAGUUGGAAGACCUCACCAAGGAUGCUGAGGUGCCUCUGGAUACUCUGGUGAAGCAGUAUGCCGGAGCGUAUGCAGAAGACUUUGAGUGGCCGCAUCCUCCCUCCCACAGUGAGGAUGAGGAGAAAGAGGACGUCGAAGAGAUGGAGGCGCCCCUGGGCAGCCCCCACGAGGCCGUGCUGAUCGACUCGCUGCUGAGCAUGGAGCAGUUCCGGGGUUCCGAGAGCAGCUCGUCCUCCGCCGCCGACGGCAACAAACCUCCCAAGGACAUCGCCGAGGUGGCCUCCGCCACGGAGCUCAUCCUGCCCAAAGGCCAGGCCAAAACCAGCUGCUCGCGGUUCCAGACGCCGUCCCUGCUGCACGGCUCGCUGAGGGACUACCAGCAGGUGGGGGUGGACUGGCUGGCCAGCCUGCACAGGAAGCACCUGAACGGGAUCCUGGCGGACGAGGCCGGCCUGGGCAAGACGGUGCAGACCAUGGCCUACAUGGCCCACCUGGCCUGCAAUGAGGGUAUCUGGGGCCCUCAUCUGGUGGUGGUGCGCAGCAGUAAGCUGCUGAGCUGGGAGAUGGAGUUCAAGCGCUGGUGCCCCGGCCUGAAGAUCCUGCUCUACCUGGGCAGCCCCCGCGAGCGCAGAUACACCAGAACGUGGUGGUCGGAGGUGAACAGCUUCCACGUGUGCAUCACUUCCUACAAGCUGCUGAUGAAGGACCAGAGCCACUUCCUGCGGCGGCGCUGGAGCCACCUGGUGCUGGACGAGGUGCAGCUGCUCAAGAGCAUGAGCGAGAAGCACUGGGACACCAUCUUCACCAUCAAGAGCCAGCAGAGGAUCCUGCUGAUCAACAGCCCUCUGCAGAACACGCUGAGGGAGCUGUGGACCAUGAUCCACUUCCUGCUGCCCGGCAUCACCAGGUCCUACGCAGACUUCCCCGUCAAGGCCGGCACCGACCAGAACCAGGACUACUGUCACAAGCUCGUCAUCCGACUCCACAGGAUGAUCCAGCCGUUCAUCCUGCGGCGCUCCAAGCGAGAGGUGGAGAAGCAGCUGCCCAAGAAGUACGAGCACAUCCUCAAGUGUCGCCUGUCCGUGCGACAGAAGAGCUUAUACGAGGACGUCCUCACCCAGCCUAGUGCUCAGGAGGCGCUGAAGACGGGCCACUUUGUGAGCGUGCUGCAGGUGCUGAUGCAGCUCCAGCGGAUCUGUAACCACCCGGACCUGCUCCAGACGCGGGACACGCGCAGCUCCUACACCUGCCAGCCGCUGGUCUACAGCACCCCCUCUCUGCUGCUCCACGCACUGCAGCGGGACCAGCGCGAGAGCUUGGACUUGUCCUUGUUUGACUUGAUCAACAAUGAGACCAAGCUGAGUCGCUAUGAGACGGAGGAGGUCAUCCCCAAGCUGAAGGUGACCCGGCAGCUUAUCGAGGAGAUCCACAGCGCCCCAGAACCGGCCGCCAGACCGAAAGCCUGCAAGAUCAAGCCCAUGAAGUUGUUCCAGCCCGUGCAGUAUGGCACCAAGCCCGAGGGCCGCCUGGUAGCCCUGACCAGCACCAGCCCGACCCAGCGGCCCACGGCCAGCACGGCCGCCCCCACCACCACCGCCGCCGUUACCGCCACCUCCGCACCCACGGCCCAGGCCAGGGGCAAGUCACCGGUCACUACUACUGCCUCCACACAGGCGGUUCAGAUGGCCUCCUCCUCUUCCUCCUCUGCCCCUCCAGCGGGGCCGGGGGUCGUCCCCCACCCCGCCCCCCUCCCCACGGCCGCUGUCCCUCCCCGGGCGAUCGCGCCCCCUCAGGCCCUGCAGCCGGGCCUGGUCUCCCAGAGGCUGGUCCUCAGCUCCCAGGCCCAGGCACGCCUGCCUAGUGGAGACGUGGUCAAGAUUGCCCAGCUGGCGACUCUGGCGGGUGCCGGUGGUGCCGCGGGCGGUCCGGGGCGCGUGGCUCAGCCGGAGACGCCCGUCACGCUGCAGUUCCAGGGCAACAAGUUCACGCUCUCGCCCAGCCAGCUGCGCCAGCUCACCACCGGCCAACCCCUGCAGCUGCAAGGCACCCUGGGUAACAUCCUGCAGAUCGUCUCGGCUCCGGGCCAGCCGUUGCUGCGGCCGCAGGGCUCCAUGGUGAUGCAGACGGUAGCCACUCAGCCGGUGGCCGUGCCCAAUGCCACCCCGGGCACCCCUCCGCCCGCCUCCACCACCCCCGCCGCUGCUGCUGCUGCCGCCGCCACCUCCUCCACCACCACACACCCAGCAACAGGUACCCUCUCGUCCACCACUAAUGCCACCAACUCUGCCCCUCCAGACACUGCAGCCAAUGGCAAGACCCCUACCUCCACGCAAGCCAUGCAACAGGAGUCGAGCGAGGAGCGCCUGCAGCUCUCCCGCGAGCGCCUCACCCGCCUGCUGUCCGUCAACGAGCGCCGCUGCUCGCGCGCGGUGCUGUACGGCCGCGACCUCCUGCAGGCCUGCUCGGCGCUCUCCCACCACCACCGCCGGCCCACGCACACCGCCGCCGUCUCCGCCUCCGUGGCGCCGCCCCGGUGGAGCUGGGUGGGCAGCGCGGGGUGCCAGAGGGCCCGCCAGACCUGCGUGGGCACCGUGGAGCCCCUGCGCUCCGCCCUGCUGUCCCGCACGGAGCGCCAGGAGGCCGGAGAGGACGUCCGCAGAAGGUUCUCCUGCGUGGUUCCUGCUGCUGUAGCCCCUCCCCCACAGAUGUACGCAGCCAAUCCGCCGGCUCCCUACAGCCUGGAGCAGAAGUCCCUGACGCGUCGUCUCCAGGAGGCCGCUGCGGCCCACUCCUCGGACAUCCGCCGGGCGGCCGCUGUGCCCCUGGUGUGUCUGCCCGACCGGCGGGCCCUGGAGGUGGACUCAGGUAAGCUGGAGGCGUUGGCCAUCCUGUUACUCAAGUUGCGGGCGGAGAACCGGCGCGUGCUGAUCUUCACCCAGAUGCUGCGCAUGCUGGACCUCCUGGAGGCCUUCCUGGACCACCGCCACCUCACCUACGUGCGCGUGGACGAGAGCCUGAGCAGCGAGGAGCGACAGGAGCAGGUGAAGAGCUUCAACCGGAACCGGCAGGUGUUCUGCACCAUCCUGACCAACCGCUGCUGCUCGGCCGUGGGGCCCGUGCUGGACGCCGACACCGUGGUGUUCUACGACACCGACCUGAACCCCAGCAUGGACGCCCGCACCCAGGAGUGGUGCGACAAGAUCGGCCGCUCCAAAGACAUCCACAUCUACAGAUUGGAGAGUGGGAACUCCAUAGAGGAGAAGCUGCUGAAGAGCGGCACCAAGGAGCUGAUCAGAGAGGUGGCAGCCCAGGGCACAGACUACACCCUGGCCUUCCUCACCCAGCGGACCAUCCAGGACCUGUUUGAGGUGGAGGCGGGCUCGGGGGAGAAGGUGGAGGAGUUUGUGGUGCUGCACCAGGAGCCGUCCCCGUCGGAGGCCAUCUCCCCGCGCGUGGCGCGCCCCUACAUCCAGGCCCUCAACCACAUCAGCCUGGAGCCCUCGCUCGCCGGCGCCGAGGAGGAAGAGGGGGCGGAGGAGGACGAGCUGGAGGAGAAGAAAGAAGCACAGCAGCAGGAGGAGGUGAAGAAGGAGGGAGCAGAGGAGCUAGAGGAGGAGGUGAAGGAGGACGCCCUGCAGCUGGAGGAGCUCACCGCGGUCAUGGAGCAGCUGACGCCCAUAGAGAAGUACGCCCUGCACUACCUGGAGUAUCUGCACUGCAGGGAGGACGAGAAGAUGGCCCAGGAGCGUAUCGAGAGUGCCAAGCAUGGCUGGGAGCUGGAGCAGCAGCAGAGGCUGAAGGUGGAGCAGGAGGAGCAGCUGAUCAUGGAGGAGGAGGAGAACCUCUUCACCUACACCAGAGAGGACGCCUACAACAUGGAGUAUGUGUUUGAACACGAAGACGGUCAGACGGAAAUCAUGCCACUGUGGACGCCACCGACGCCCCCGCAGGACGAUAACGACAUCUACAUCGACUCGGUCAUCUGCCUGAUGUACGACACGGCGCCCAUGCCAGAGUCCAAACUCCCACCUGUGUACGUGCGCAAGGAGCACAAGAGACUCAAGAUGGACCCAUCUGCGGUGGGCCGUAAGAAGAAGAAGGGCCACGGCGAGGCGGUCAUCCCGCCGCGCUCCCUCUUCGACAAGGCCAGCAUGCUGAAGAUGCGGCGCGAGGGCAAGGAGCAGCAGAAGAAGAACUUCUCGCUCAAGCAGCCCUUCCCCAAGCCGCUGCCCGCCCUGGUCAAACCAGCCGCCGAGGCCGGACAGGACAACCCAGAGUGGCUCAUCAGCGAGGACUGGGCACUGCUACAGGCUGUGAAGCAGCUGCUAGAGCUGCCGCUGAACCUGACCAUCGUGUCCCCGGCGCACACCCCCAACUGGGACCUGGUGAGCGACGUGGUCAACUCCUGCAGCCGCAUCUACCGCUCGCCCAAGCAGUGCCGCAGCCGCUACGAGAACGUCCUCAUCCCCCGCGAGGAGGGCAAGUUGAUGUACGAGGCUAAUCCCAAGAAGAAGACCAAGAGCAUUUAUAAGUCCAAGAACAGCCGUCCUCUGCGUACGUGCCAGAUCUACACGCAGGACGACAACGCCACCCACAUGCAGCUGUACAGCAGCCGCUUUGAGCUCAUGAAGAUCAUCGCCAGCAAGAGGAGCCCCCCAAUCAAACCACUACUGGGUAUGAAUCCAUUCCAGAAGAACCCCAAACAUGCCUCUGUCCUGGCAGAGAGUGGGAUCAGCUACGACAAGCCACUGCCCCCAAUCCAGGUGGCCUCACAGCGAGCCGAGCGAAUCGCCAAGGAGAAGAAGGCCCUCGCUGAGCAGCAGCGGGCCCAGCAGUUAGCGCAGCAGGCGGCGGCGGCGGCCGGAGGCCCCCAGGCGGGGGUGGUGCAGCCCCAGGCGCAGGCGGCCGGCCAGGUGCAGGCAGCGGGAGUCCCUCCGCAGGCCGCCGUGGCUGGAGCGGCCGCCGUGCCCAACACCGCCGUGCUGGCCGGAGCUAUGAAAACCGCUGGACCUGCAAGCAUUACAUCAGCUACAGUUGCGGGGAAUGUGAUCGUGAACACCGUGGCUGGAGUUCCCGCCGGGCAGUUCCAGGCCAACAAGCGCUUGGCCUCCCCAGUCAUCCCGGGACCUCUGUCUGCGGCAGGUACGGCCACAGCUCAGGUGGUGCACGCGCAGCAGAGAGCCGUCCCCACCGCAGCCGCCCCCGCAGAGGUCGCCGCCAUAGCAACCGGCCACGUGGUCCGAGCGGUCACCCCAGUCACGGCCGCCGCCGUCGUGUCGACCAACCUCACCCCGGCCCAAUCACAGACCCGCUCGCUGGUCACUCCAGCUGGUGCAGGGAUGCAGCUGCCUCAGGGGAAGUCCAUCACUCAGGCUCAUCUGCAGAUCCUCCGGCAGCAGCAGCUCCAGCAACAGCAGCAGGCCGGCUCGCCUCAGAUCAAAGCAGUGGGCAAACCACAACAGGCUGAGCUGCUGAAGCUGCAGAAGCAGAAGCUCCAGUUGGCUCAGCAGCAGCAGCAGCAGCAGCAGGUGGCAGCAGCGGUAGCGGCGGCAGCUGCCCAGGGUGCCCAGCCUGGCACUGCCCAGCAGCAGGCCCAGCAGGUGCAGGCCGCCCCCUCCGCCGCCCAGGCCAACCCCCAGCUGGCGGCCGUCGCCGCGCCCAGACCCGGGGCAGUGCUGACGGGCACCGUGGCCAACCUGCAGGUGGCACGCCUGACGCGUGUGCCCGCCCAGGGGCAGCUGCCAGCGCAGGCGGCCCAGACGGCGCAGGUGGCGCUCUCCAAGCCCGUGGUGUCCGUGCCCGCCGUGGUGUCCUCCGCUGGGGUCACCACCCUGCCCGUCACCGUGGCUGGCAUCAGUGUGGCCAUCGGACAGGCGCAGAAAGCAGGUGGCCAGGUGGUGACUCACCCGUUCCAGGUGCAGCAGGUUCAGCAGCUCCUGCGUCAGAAGCAGCAGCAGGCCGCCGCCCAAGCAGCCGCCGCAGCCCAGCAGAAGGCAGCGCAGCCCCAGCAGAGCACCGCCAACGUCCAGCAGAAGUUGGCCACGGGGCAGGCCGCCCAGGCGACCCAGCAGCAACAGAAGGUGGCGUAUGCUGCCACCACGCAGCUCCAGCAGCCAAUCAAGACGCAGUACUACACCACCAUCGCCCAGCCCCAGAAGAGUCCUGCCACACAGCAGAUACAGGUUGCUAAGCUACCCCAGAUAGUACAGCAAACCACAGUAGCCAAUAUCCAGCAAAUAGUGUCCUCUCCCCAGCAGAUCCAGGCACAGCCCCAGGCGGUGAGCUUGCCCCAGGCUGCAGGUGCGGCAGGCGGCUCGGCGGUCCAGGUGAUCCCGGCCGCCUCUGCCGCCGCCCAGGUGGUCCAGCAGAAGCUCCUGCAGCAGCAGGUCGUCGCGGCGACCGCCUCCGCCUCGCCGCAGAUGCAGACCCCGCCCCAGCAGCAGGGCGUUGCCGCGGCGGCCCAGGCCGUUGCCGCGGCGACCGAGACCCCCGCCGCCCAGGCGUCACCGGCCCAGGGCAAAGGUCAAGGUCGUGGAGGGUCGGCCGUGCGCUCCAAGGCCCCCGCCAAGCCCAGCGGAGGCAGCUAGAGGAACGCCCUUCGUCCUCCUCAUCCUCUCUCUCAUCUGCGUCAGGGGAGCAGAUCUCCAAGCAGGAGUGUGAAGACACACACACACACACACACACACAUACACACACACACGGUCAGGCUGGCAGGUGGACCACUCGGACACAGUGGACCUACAGACAGGUCUCUGGUCCAUCUGAGAACUAACACACACACACACACACACACACACACACACACACACGUGUGCACAAACACACAUAUUCCAGUAGUAGGGAUACAUGUGCUCAUGGACCAUUCACCUGGUCAACCAGACAGACUCAACCGGCCUUCCCAGUCUUUGUGUUGUCCUGGGUGCAGUAGUGUGUGGAGUACACACACACGCACACACACACACACACACACACACACACACACACACACUUUUUUUUUUCUUCAGCCUCACUCUGUGUUUUCCUGAAGUAUCUUUGUGUGCAUAAUUCAGCAGUCAGGACCUUCCUUCCAAUGGCCCCCUCUCAUUUUCUAGUGUGUGUGUGUGUGUGCGCGCGUGUGUGGCAGUGUGUACACACUCCCGUCAGAUCAAAGCGCUCCCAGUGAUCACGUGGAGGUGCGGCUGGGGCUCCGCCCUCUCAGACCCCCUGGGACGACUCUACUCGUUAGUGUGGCUCAUCUCGCCCUUCAUGGACUACUCGUAUAUCUGCAUGCAACAACAACAACAACAGCAACAACAACGACAACGAAAAAGGAAAAAAAGAAAGAGAAUGUCAUGGAAGCUUCUAGAAAGUCUCUCAAAGCUGGCACAGUGACACCUUGCUGCCCUGUUACACUUCUGUGUUUUUGUUGAUCAUUUUCUAUACUCGGAUUUAAAAAAAGAUAAUCAUCCCGCUUUUUUUUUUUUUUUUUUUGUAAUAAAGGCUCCACCACCAGGAACAGGUGUGGUGUAAUUUGAUGUAGCAGAAGAAGCGUUCCCCUUCCCUAAAUAUGUAAUAUAUAUAAUUCCUUAUUGAUUAUUGUCGUGUGGUCAGUGUAAUAUAGAGGAUUGUGAUUUAGUACGUCUCGCAGAAGGCUAGGUGCUAACGCUAGCUUUGAGAGACUACGGACGAUGACCGCGGUGUGUUCACGUCGGCAUACCUCAGAAUGUGUUUUUUUGUUUUGUUUUGUUUUUUUCCCCCUACUUAUUCCUCCCACGGUCGGUGGGAGUCUGAUCUGUUGAGGGAUGUCAGAAUGGGGUCUUGCCUUGCUGAUAAUCUGUUAUAGUGGUUGUACUAUAAUCAUACAUCGCAUCACCAGCUUGUACGUACAGUAAGAGAAACUGGAUUAGAAAAUAUUGCUUGUUUUGUUUUCAUAAUGUUGACCGUUCAUCAAUGACUUUCUCCCUUUAAAUAUCCGCCAUGAUGCUUUUUUUUAUUUUAUAUGUAUCUGAUGUGACACUGUAAACUUGUAUGUAAACAUUCUUCAGUGUAUGGUUUCCAUUCUAUGUCCUUUUUAAAAGCAGUUGAUAUGUGUAUGAGUGUGUGUGUGUGUAUACGUGCGCAUGUGUGUAGGUGUGGGCAAGGCAGACAUGUAAAUAAUGAUGGCAAAACAAAAAAUCAUUUGUACAUGUAAAGUAGUUGUGUUUUCAUUGGAGUUUUUUUCAGCCAAACUGUAUAAAGUGUUUUCAUUUUUAUACACAGACA